GUGAGGAAAUGUACGCAGCGGCCCCCUCAGAUUGUCCGCUGGCUUCCAAGCGAGCUGACCACCGGGAGGGACACUACAACAGAAACUUUGACACGGGUUGAGAAGAACAAAGAACAGGCAUCGCCAGUUUGUGUCACCCCACAGGAAGAACGGGAUGAGAGCCGCGGCAGUUGCAGCCCUGGUGGCUGUGACCAUCGGGGUAGCGGUCAAUGAGGUGGCCGGUGCAUCAAACUACUUGGCCACCUGUUACUACGGCACCUGGGCCGUCUACCGGCCCGGAGACGGAAAAUUCGACGUCGAGGAUUUCGACCCUAUGCUCUGCACGCACGGAAUAUACGGGUUCGCCGGCCUGGAUGAGGCCACGCACAAGAUCAAAUCGCUGGACCCCUGGAAUGACCUGUACGACAACUACGGAAAGGGUGCCUACAUGAGGUUCACGGAUCUGAAGAAGAGAAACCCGGAGCUGAAGACGCUUCUUGGCAUCGGAGGCUGGAACGAGGGAUCUACCAAAUACUCGGAGAUGGCAGCUAGCGCGUCCUUCAGACAGACCUUCAUCGCCAGCGUGGUUGACUUCCUGAAGACGUACAACUUCGACGGCCUGGACCUGGACUGGGAGUACCCCGCCGAGAGGGGUGGCAAGACCAUCGACAAGGAGGACUACGUGCAGCUGAUCAAGGAGAUCAAGGAGGCUUUCAAGCCUGAGGGCUUCCUCCUGACCGCUGCCGUCGGACCGGGCAAGACCACCAUCGACGACUCUUACAAACUCACCGAGAUGGCCAAGUACUUGGACAUCUUCAACGUGAUGGCAUACGACUACCACGGCUCGUGGGAGACGUACACGGGCCACGUGUCGCCACCCUACAUGUCGCCGCUGGACAUCACCAACGAGAUGGAGACGUUCAACGUGAACUUCACCGUCAACUACUACCUUGAUGGCGGCGUGCCCAAGGAGAAGAUGGCCAUGGGCAUCCCGCUGUACGGCCACGGUUUCACGCUGAACGACCCCGCCGUGCACGGUCUGUACGCGCCUGCCAACCAGCCCCAGCCGGCCUGCCCGUACACCCGCCAGGCGGGCAUCUGCGGCUUCAACGAGAUCUGCACGAUGCUGAACGAGGGCGGCUGGACCACGGUGCGGGACCCGGACCAACAGGCGGUCUACAGCUACAAGGACCGCAUCUGGGUCGGCUACGACGACCUCGAGUCCGUCAAAAUCAAGACGGACUACAUCAAGUCGCUGGGCCUGGCCGGCAGCAUGGUGUGGUCGGUGGAGACUGACGACUUCCGCGGCCUCUGCGGCUUCGGCACCAAGAACCCGCUGAUGACGGCCAUCUGGACGAACCUGAACGGAGACAUCCCCACGCCGGUGCCGCACACCACCACCCCGCGGCCCACCGGACCGACUGCGUCGCCGGAACCGACCAUGUCUCCCACCGAAAUCUGUAAGAAGGCCGGCCUGAACCCCAACCCGGUGAAGAAGUGCUCGCCCAUCUUCUACGAUUGUGUCCAGAACGGCGACCACUGGAUCGUCACCAUGGAGGUGUGCGCGGCCGGCACCGUGUUCGACGGAUCCCUCGAUACGUGCGUGUGGAUCAGCCAGUCAGACGAGUGCGAUUAGACACCGGAGGCAUCUAGGCCCACCUCUGACCGACUGGACCUCCGAAUUGGAACGGUCCAGAUGUCUGUAGUUCUGUUUUCUUCCAACGCACUACCUCGCCCGGACCGGACAUCCGAGGAUUAUUGUGCGGUCUGAAAACGCGAAACUAUUUACGACGCUUUCGUAAUGAUGUAGGAAUAUGUAAUGCAAUGGUUUUCGAUGUCUUUGAAGUCCCUGUUGCAUGCUUCCGACCCACGGAAACAAGCGCGUUUGUGAACAUCCCGUGUGAAGAACAAUAUACUUAAAGGCAAAGAAAAA